AUGUAUAUGUCUAUUGUUGAAUCUGAUAUAGUAUGUCUAUUGUUGAAUCUGUUAUCUGUUGUGGAUACAUUGUUAACUUCAGGUUGUGGAUACGGAUUGCUAAUCUCACGGAUUACUAAUCUCAGUUUAAAUAUGUUUCCUAGAAAACAACCAUCUGGUGCUCAAAAUAGGAAACGAAAACGAAAAGAACAGGAUCUUACUAAUAAAUUACAAGGAUCUUUAAAUAAGUAUUUUGUUAGAAAUGAAAAUAAUGAUGAAAAUACUAAUGAUGUUGAAACUAAUGAUUUUGUUGAUAAUUCUAAAGGUCCAAUUGAAACUUCUAAUGAACCUAUUGAAAAUUCUAAUGAUCAUGAAAAUAAUGAUUUUGUUGAUAAAUCUAGUGAUAUUAAUAUUUUUGAUCCAAGGGUAUGGGAUAAGUUAGAUUUUAAAAUGAAAGAUUUGCUUGUAGAAAAAUGGCCUAUUAGGGAAAUUGAAAAUAACAUAAUUUUUCCAAAAGAUGCACUAGGUAGACAUUUUUCUUGUGAAUUUUAUAUUCAUAAAUUAAAGAAUGGUGAUUCUUAUGAUAGAAAGUGGUUGGUGUAUUCAAAAGAACUUGAUAAAGUGUUUUGUUUUUGUUGUAAGUUAUUUAAAACAGCUAGAUCUAGAAGUAAUUUAGCAACCGAAGGAAUUAAUGAUUGGAAACAUCUUAGUGAAAAAUUAAAUAAACAUGAACAUAGUUUUGAACACAUGAUUAAUUUAAAAACUUGGACACAAACACGACUUACGUUAAGGAAAAAUGAAACAAUUGAUAAAGAGUUACAAGAAAGAAUAAAAAAAGAUACUCAACAUUGGAAAGAAGUUUUGGUAAGAAUUAUUGCUGUUGUAAAAUGUUUAGCUGAAUAUAAUUUGGCUUUUCGUGGAACUAAUGAAAAAAUAUAUGAGAAAUCUAAUGGUAACUUUUUAGGUGUACUUCAAAUGAUUGCUGAGUUUGAUCCAAUAAUGAAACACCAUUUUCAACUUAUUCAAGAUAAAAAAAAGUCACUUUCAUUACCUUAG